AAAACUCCUCCUAUUAAGGAAGUGUGGAGUCUGAGACAACUGCAGUCCUUCAUAAACAGCCUGCAGUCUUCUGCUCUGGUGAUUUUAGGUUUGUUUUCAGUUUAUUGAGAAAUCUGAGUCUCAUUUUCAGCACUGUGAAAGAAAGUGAUUAUUAACUGGACCUACAAAGUCGUCUGUUUAACUGAAAAGAAACCUGAAAUUAGAGUGUUGUUACUUUUACGAAAGUGAAAGUGAAACUCUGAACAUUCGGACAGGAGAGAACAACAACAGCAGUAAAGUAAAAUGGCUUCUAAGUUUUCAGAGGAGGAUUUCUCCUGUCCUGUGUGCUGUGAUAUCUUCAAGGAUCCUGUUGUUCUGCGCUGCAGUCACAGUGUGUGUAAAGUGUGUUUGCAGCAGUUCUGGGAGACCAAAGGAUCCAGAGAAUGUCCUGUUUGUAGGAGGAAGUCAUUUAUGAAUGAUCUUCUCACAAAUCUGGCCUUAAAGAACCUGUGUGAGACUUUCUUACAGGAGAGAAAUCAGAGAUCAUCAUCAGGGUCUGAAACAGUCUGCAGUCUGCACAGUGAGAAAUUAAAACUCUUCUGUCUGGAUGAUCAACAGCCGGUGUGUUUGGUGUGUCAGACUUCAAGAAAACACACUAACCACAAAUUCUGCCCCAUUGAUGAGGCUGUAACAGACUGUAAGGAGGAGCUCAAAACUGCACUGAAGCCCCUACAGGAGAAACUAAAGAUCUUUACAGACUGUAAACUGAACUGGAGUCAGACUGCAGAAAAUAUAAAGAUUCAGGCCCAACACACAGAGCAUCAGAUUAAGGAACAGUUUGAGAAGCUUCACCAGUUUCUACGAGAUGAAGAAGCAGUCAGGAUCACUGCACUGAAAGAGGAAGAGGAGCAGAAGAGUCAGAUGAUGAAGGAGAAGAUUAAGAAUCUGAGCAGAGACAUAUCAUCUCUUUCAGACACAGUCAGAGCCAUAGAAGAGGAGAUGAGAGCUGAAGAUGUCCUGUUCUUACAAAACCACAAGGCCACAGUGAAAAGAGCCCAGUGCACACUGCAGCAUCCAGAGGAGCUUUCAGGAGCACUGAUCCAUGUGGCAAAACAUCUGGCCAACCUGAAGUUCAGAGUCUGGGAGAAGAUGCAGGACACUGUCCAAUACACACCUGUAACUCUGGACCCCAACACUUUUCAUCCUAAACUCAUUGUAUCUGAUGAUCUGACCAGUGUGAGAUUCAGUGAUGAGGAACAGAAACUUCCUGAUAAUCCAGAGAGAAUUGAUAAAUAUUGGUGUAUCCUGGGCUCUGAGGGCUUUAACUCAGGGACACACUACUGGGAUGUUGAUGUUGGAGACUGUACAUGGUGGGCAGUGGGUAUGAUGACAGAAUCUGCUCAGAGGAAGGGGAAUAUAUUCUCCAGAAGUGGAGUCUGGCGUGUGGUGUAUUAUAAAGGUGAAUAUAGAGCAGGUUCUACACCACAGAAAUCCACUCUCCUCUCAGUAGAACAGAAACUCCAGAGGAUCAGAGUGAAACUGGACUGGGACAGAGGAAAGCUGUCAUUCUCCAACCCUCUCACUAACACACACAUACACACUUUCACACACACAUUUACUGAUAAAUUACUGCCAUAUCUAAAUGUUGCAUCUAAAGAAUCUCCUCUAAAGAUCCUCCCACUUCAGUGCUCUGUAAGAGUGAAUCAGAUCAGUUAGAGCUCAUAUUGUUUUAUUUCAGUUUAUUAAUGAAAUACUGCAGAUUAAAAGAUUCAGUUUAUUUGUAAAAGUUUGUUGAAAGUUUAAAGCACUGAACAGUUCAUUGUGAAAAGUUUAUUAGUCCUGUGGCGUUUGUAAAUAACCAUAAGUAUAUUUUGUUACAGGAAAGUCUUUUAUUUUGAAAUUUUUGUACCGCAAUGGUUGACUUCCGGGCUUAAGCUACGCCUUUUUUUUGUUUAAGUGGUGCGCGCCCUGGCUAGCGCAGUUUAUAGUGUCGCUUGGUAUCCCAAAUACGGCAAUAACUUUGGCCCGGAGCCGUGGUUAAUGUCUAAUUAUGUUAGCUUUGUAGAAGCCAACAUUCUGUUUUCCAUCAUAAGCUUCUUCUUCAUUCAUUCAUUCAUUCAUUUUCUAAGGAUUAUCCAACUUCUCGGGUCACGGGGAGCCUGUGCCUAUCUCAGGCAUCAUCUGGCAUCAAGGAAGGAUACACCCUGGACAGAGUUCUUCUUCUUCUUCUUCUUCUUCUUCUUCUUCGCAGACUUUUUUAUUAAAUGUAGGGUCUCCGUUGUUUGAAAGCCAAUGUUGACUUUUGAAAUCAACAAAACAAACACACCCCUAACCCAAAUGGGUCCGCCCACACAUACAUACGUAACCCAGGCAACUAAUGGAAAGAAAUGUGUCUAUCAUAGCUGAAGGGAAGAACAAUACGAUUGCAGAUAAACAAACAAGCAAAAAUGACACACAAGCAUGUGUAGUAACAGCGUUUAGCUCAGGAGUUAUUGACCUCGAAUCUGUGAAUAUGCGGCCAACUUCCCUCUCCUUCAGUUCUCUCCAGCACUGGAAAGCUGAUCCUAUAUUAACACGGGUUCUACAGUACUUCUUGCCUUAUCGUAAGCCUUUCUUCGCUUUCUGCUAAUGUCACACAUGUGCACUGAACACUCUCCGCCCAUAUUGACAAGACACGCCCCUUUCUUCUCAUUGGCUACACGUUUGUUUUGAUUUUUUUUGUUUGUCGUCCCGACUCAGUUUUCUGAAGCAUUUCUCAAACAAAGUACACCCCAACUUUAAUUGCUACUCCUCCUAGAGCUUUCGAGCCACAUGCACCAAAUUCGGAUAUGUCGUAGAGACUAGUCUGAAGUUUGUUGGUCUUACUUUUCUAAGCGAUCGGAAUUCCGGCAUUCCCGGUACGGAAGCUAAAAUUGGCCCUUUUUCCCGUCGAGGGAUUUACACUGAACUCGGCCAGGAUCUUUAGGACCUUACUCCGGACGAAGUUUUAUUUCGGGGUACCGACUGAACCUUCGGUUUUCCUGUAGCGGGUGAUCGAAUAUCACAAAAACUCCCAUAGACUGGAAUGGGAAUUAUUAUCCAAGAUUAUCAUUGCUCAUCCUAACAUUGACUGUUCCAUAAUGUAUUUUACAUUGCCAUAUAGAUAAACCUGUUAUAAAUUUAAUUUACCAUGCCAA